UAUGAUCUUCAGUGUGCUUACCUCUCUAUAUUGCUGAACGACACUGAUUCCUGAGGGAUCUGUAAGGUUUGCUAUGUUUGCCAAUGGGGAUGUGGUAUUUCCUUUGAUAGAAGAAUGGUCGUUGUUUGGGGUAUUUGGGUAUUAAGGGUAGAACUGUAUUCCCCAAAAGAGAUAUGUUGAAGUCCCAAUACCCAGUACCUCAGAAGGUGACCCUAUUAGGAAAUGGGUGUCACUAAUCCAGUAUGACUGGUGUCCUUAUAAAAAGAUGGCCAUGCAAAGACACACAGACAUAGGGAGAACACCAUGUGAAGAAGGAAGCAGAAAUAGGAGUGAUGGAUCUACAAGCCAGGGAACAGCAAGGAUUGCUGGCUGUCACCAGAAGCUAGGAGAGAGGCAAGGAACGGAUUCUCCCUGAGAGCCCUUAAAAGGAACAAAACCUUCAACACCUUGAUCUCGGACUUCAUUCCUGUUGUUUUAAGCCACCCAGGCUGUGACCGUUGGUUACAGCAGCCAGAGGAAACUGACACAGUGGCAUUCCAAGAGCAGCCCCUGAGAAGAUUUGUAUGUGAGUGAUUUAUUAUGAAAGUGCACCAUAGAAGAAAAGGAAAAGCAGCAGGACAGGGACAUAGCAGAAGUCCUACAAGGAUGCAAUCUCAGGCAAAAGGCCAGUAGAGAAAAGGCUUUAGCUUGAACCCCUAGGGGAACUCUGGAGUGUAAAUGACACCUGCGUUGUCCCAAAGAGAAGCAAAGGAGAUGGGCUUACACAUGUCUCCCACCAGUCCAACACGGAUUACAUAUAUGAUUUCUCGAAAACGAAGUGAGUUUGGAGCGCCAAUUAAGUUCAGUGACCAAAAUGCUUCCAAUGUAAAAGAUGCCUAUAUUGAAUGUAUAGCCUACCCAGAUAGACAUUUUGCCCUUAAGCAACUUGAGAAAGAUGUUGGCAUGCAAGUAGUCCCCAAAGUCAAGGACACAAGCACUCAAACAAGAUGGACAUAUCCCAAAAAUGCCAUUACACAAUAUUAUCCAAGAGAAUUAUCAGAGGAGGAGAAAGAGACAUUUGGACAAUCAAAGCCUUUGAGUGACUUUCUUAACAACACAUGUAUAAGUGUUGAAAUAGCCCUGCAGCAAAAUGAAAUCAUGAACACAUUUAUUGAUGAUUGGAAGUGCCUGGCAGAAGAAGAAAGCUCCUUUGGAGACAAAACCGAUACACACCUGAAAGAGUACCAGUCCUUUACGGACCUCCAUAACCUGACAGAGAAGAUGGUCACCUCCGUCUCGUGGCAUCCGACCAUCUAUGGCCUAAUAGCUGUGUCCGUGGCUGCACGACUCUCCCUUGAAGAGAGAGUCCACUUUUCUGGUAAACUGUUGCUGCAACCAUCACUGAUUCUUUUCUGGAGUUUCUCGGAUCCCAUACAUCCUCAGUUAAUGCUGGAGAGCCCAGAUGACAUCUUUUGCUUCAAGUUCUGUCCAAGUGACCCUAAUAUCAUUGCUGGAGGCUGCAUAAAUGGGCAGAUUGUCAUGUGGGAUAUUACUGCGCAUGCAGAUCGCAUAGAAAACAUCAAGACAGGUGGUAGUAGAAGUAAAAAAGUCACGCUCAAGCCUAUGUUUCUCCUUGAACCAGAUAGUAAUAAAGAAGCAACAUAUAUCAGACAUUGUGCAGUUUCCUCAAUAGAAAAUGGUCAUAAGAAAGUAAUUACAGAUAUACAUUGGCUGUCUGACACAUUUGAGAUUAACAGAUCGGGUACUGUCUUUGAGAAUCGAAAUGGAAUAUGCUGUCAACUUGUCACAUGUUCAGCUGAUUGCACAAUAUGUUUUUGGGAUAUCAGACCACAGAAAGCUUUAACCCCACAAUUAAUAGAGAAAAAGAAAGAAGAACAUAUUGAAACUCCUUUGGAUGUACCAUCUACUUUUUUGCAUCUCGAUCUCUCCUGGAAACCUCUCACUAAGAUAAGGCUGUCUAAAGGUGAAACAAGUUUAGACCACUGCCCAACCAAGAUCAGCUUGAGUGAAGACAAUCUCCUUUACAAAGCACAAGACAAAAUAUUAGCCCAGAGCAAAGCAGUGAAGGCAGGAGAGAUGAACCCAUACCACAAUCUGGAAGCUGGGUUGGCCAAUCAUCUCAAGCCAAUAGAAGACUUCUGCACAAAGUUCUUUGUGGGAACAGAGGAAGGUGGAGUGAUAUACACAGAUUGGAAAAUGGAAAGAGACCCUGAAACUGGCCGACUGAUGACAAAGAAGCCAGUGAGCCUCUCCACUAUCCAUGAUGGAUCUGUCCACACUGUUCAGAGGUCACCUUUUUACAAGGACAUUAUCCUCACCAUUGGGGGAUGGAACGUGGCCAUCUGGAAAGAAGGUGUUAUGACUGGACCCCUCCUUCAGUCAUCCUGUGCACCAAAAAGGUAUACUGCAGGCCACUGGUCCCUGACAAGGCCUGGAGUUUUCUAUAUUGGCCGAGAAGAUGGAUACAUUGACAUCUGGGACCUUCUGGAGAAAACUCAUGAGCCAGCCCUGUCACAAAACAUCUGCAUAACUAUGAUCACCUACAUCAAACCCUGGACCUUCUCUGCUAAGCAGCAAUUUAUAGCCAUAGCUGAUUAUUAUGGAACACUGCAUAUAUUGGAAAUUCCUUGGACAUUAAGUCACCCUUCCACCAAUGAGGUAUCAAGCAUGAAUUACUACUUUGAAAGAGAAGUCAAGCAUCUGGAAUAUGUAGAGGAACGGAAGAAAAUUCGUGAACAAGAAAAGAAGGAAAUGGAGCUGGAACUUGAGAAGACAAAAGUUAAAAUGUAUCAGAAGUCAAAGGAACAGUUGGAGGCUGAAUUGAAAAUGGACUAUGAGAGUUACUUAGAACUGGAAAAGAACAUCCUCAUCAACCUUGGCUUCAUCAAAGUGAAAGAGACAAUGUCAUUCAUGGACUUGUAGAAAAGCUUUCUGCAGGGGUGUUUUGGGGAUUUUGUAGGACUUUCUUUUCUUUUUAUUCAUCAUUUUUUAUGUAAUGUGAACUAGCAAACUAAACAUUAAAUGGGUUUACUUAUAAAUAGUAGGCUUUUAUGUCACUGCUAUUAAAAAUUGUUUUAUAACAAUAAGA